GCCUCUCCUGCUACUUGCUGUCGUCGUCUUCUUGAUUGUCAUCUUCCUCCACGUGUGUUUGGUGUUCCGCCCGUCGAAGCAACAUCGCAAACGACGUGCGUCCACGAAACGGGCUUCCGUAAAACUACCAAUGGCGAACUUCCACGUAGGCAGAGAACCAGCGGCACGUCAGGGCGGAGGAGGAUCUAGCAUGGCGAUCCCUCGACGGUGCUACGAUCCAUUGUUGUACAACCAUCUAGAACUACAUGAGCAGCCGCUGCCCCCGUCGGACGAGGAACUGGAGACGGAGGAACUCACAACGUUACCUUUGGGUAGCGGGUCGACGCAGAUGUGGUCGCAGACGCUGGCAACUGGCGGGUCCGGUUGCAACGAAGGUGGCGAGUUCACGUCCCUCCUGCAACAAGGCUUGCAAGACGACGACGGGCAAGUCGAUAUGAGGUUCGGCUUGUCACCCGGCGGUGCGACGACAGCGACCCGUACGCAGCAUGGCAAGAGUGCGACGUCUGACCAAGGUGGUAGAGACGCCUGCCCCGCCCCUGCAGGAGUCACAACAGUGCCCCUGCGCAUCGGUGGUGGUAGUUUGCCGAUGUCAAACCGCACAAGAACUACGCAGCCCGACUUCAGGGACAACACCGUUUGCAGACCACCGGUGUGUCCACGACCUACCAUGGACAGCAUCAUUCGAGGAGUCUCCAACAUGAGGGCGCACAACGAUGGAGGCGUUGGCGAUGUGGCAUGCCUCGAUGACGCCGACGAUGGAGGCACAGAGGAGAUGGAAACAGGGGAUGAUGAAGACGACGUGGAUAUUCAGCCGUUGGGAAAGACGGCAGGGAGGGUGAAAGGAUGUGGCAGAGGCGGUGGUCGUGGUCGAUCUGCUGGUCGGGUCGGCAGAGGAGACGCAUCCGAGGACAGUGGGAAGUCAGCGACGUAUUGGUCGAUGGACGAGCAAUUGGUCCUCGUCAGAUGCAAGCCGCAAAAGCGGGAGCAAGACAUGCACAUGGCCGGGAAUGCGAACAAAGGAGUGGAAGUGGGACGACAUAGCAAAACAGAUGGCCGCCAUGGGGACGGUAAAAGAAGCCGACGAUUGUUCCAAGACGUGGGACAAUCUCUUUCAAAACUACAAGAAGAUACAGAGAUUUCAAGGGAAGAGCGGCAAGGCAAAUUUCUUAAGGCUGACGAACGAAGAACGGAAGGAGAACAAUUUCAAGUUCCGGAUGGAGAGGGUGCUGUACAACGAGAUCCAUCCGAGCAUGCUGGGCAACCACACUAUUUUUCCUCCCAACGUCGCCGACACUGGUAGUCCGGAAGGGGUGCGGUUGCUGAGGCGAGGAUUGGGAGCUGGGGAGUCUAUCGGGAGUGAAGUUGGCGGUGAUGGCUGCCCUGACGACCGCUCUUCGGCUAGGGACUCUGAUCAAAAUGCAGGCAGUGGGGCCGGGGGUGGAAAGCGGGGGUGUUUUUUUUUAUGGUUUUGUGGAAAUGGAAUAUGUGACGAAAUCAACACAACAAGCGCCAUGAAAUUGGGAUACAUCAUAUCAUAAAAAUGCAUGCCAAUAUUUUUAAAUUGAACAUGACAAAGGGCAACGACGAAAUAAAUGAACCUUUGCGUU